AUGUCCAUCCACAGUAUUUUGACAACCGCAGCCAGCAAGACGAGUGGCCGGGCUGGGUUUGUUUCCGAGGCCGUCUUCUUGGACGCGGCCGGGCGGCGCGUGGGCGGCUUCUACCGCCUCGAGGCGGCCGAGGCCUUUCUGGCCGCCGGGGGCAGCCGCUGCCCCGUGACCAACCAGCCGGUGGCCAAGGUGCAGGAGGUGCCCAGCAUCCUGGAGGACCCAAAGACAUGGUUUCGGAUUUGCGACGCGGACGGCGAUCGCCGCCUGAGCCGGGACGAGGUGGUUGCAGCGCUCAAAGCGCAGCUGCCGUUGGACAACAAUGCCAUCGACAGGUUCCGCACAGAUGAUUCUGCAUGGCGUAUGUGGGACACCGAUGGAAGUGGCUUCAUCGAGUACACUGAGAUCAUGGACGAGGAUCGGGGGCUUCUGAAGUUCGUCCGCGACACCUUCAGCAAGGCGGAAGCGGAGCGGCCAGUGCCCGACCUCCGCAAAGACCGCCACGGCUGGUACAGGCGCUGGGAUGAAGACGGAAGCGGGGAGUUGGAAUUUGAGGAGGUGGUUCGGGCUUUUGCAAAGAGCUUCAAGAUUGACGCUGGAGUGCAGUAUUUAGCGGAGAAGUUCAAGCUGGACGAGCGGGCCGCAUACAAGCUCAGCGAGGUGCUUUCCACGAAGCCAAACAAGAAGGAUGUGCUCAAAGCCUUGGACAUCCAUCUUGCCGCUUCGAACAACCCAUCAGCCCUCGUCAUGCUGAAGCUGGCGGACCUGCGGCGGGAUGUGCCUUUGGGCGAGGUCCCAUAUGGCACCAAAGGGUACCGAGACCGCCCAUACUUGGGGAGUUACGACCGCGAGGGGCGGCGUAUCCGAGACGACCGGCGAGAGCGGGAGCCGCGGGAGCGGGAGGGAGGCGAGCAGCCGGCAGCGCCGCGUGACCGAGGUGAGAAGGGCGACAGGCGGGAUUUGCCUGUCGUGCAAAAGCGCGAAAUGGCAGCAGAAGACUGGAAGGACAGCAACAUCGGGGCCAUUGGCAGCGAUGAAGACAAGGCGCUCCGCAAGCUGGCAGCCUCGAAGGAGGCUGCCUGGGCGGGCGCCGGCAGCAAGCCAGGCAUACAGGUGUGGCGAGUGGAGCACUUCCAUGUGGUGCCAGUGGAUCCUGGCACCUAUGGCAAGUUCCACAAGGGCGACUCCUACAUUGUGCUGCGGACUGUCGAGAAUGACAGCGGCAAGCUGCUUCACACGAUCCACUACUACAUAGGCUCACAGAGCACCACCGAUGAGAAGGGAACGGCAGCUUACAAGACUGUGGAGCUGGAUGAUUUGCUGGAUGGGGAGCCGAAGCAAGUGCGAGAAGAGAUGGGCAAGGAAUCCCCUGACUUUGCAGGGCUUUUCCCAGAGCUGCAGUAUCUGGAUGGAGGUGUUGAUAGUGGCUUCAAGCACGUGGUGCCGGAGGGGCACGACACGAAGCUGUACCAGAUCCGGAGAGUAAAGGGCAAGACCACCGUCCUGCAAAUUCCUGUGCGGAAAGACCUCAUCAAUGACUCGGACAGCUUUGUUCUAGAUGCCGCGGACAAGAUCUAUGUCUACGAUGGUCCCAAGGCUUCGCCUUUCGAGAAGCGUCAGGCGAAUGAGCACGCAGAGCACGUCGAGACCCUGAGGGUGAUCGCAGAGAAGAACGCAGAGAUCGUGGGGACCGCGGAGGUCAUGGCGAUCGAGGCCAUGGCGAUCGAGGCCAUGGCGAUCGAGGCCAUGGCGAUCGAGGCCGCAGCAGCGGGCUUGGGGGUGCAGGGGUCCAUGAUGGGUUGGCAGUCGGGUUUUUGCGGGGCCAUGCAUGGCCAGGCGAUCGCCAGGUCGGCGGCGGAGCCGAAGCCGCGGCGAAAAGCAGGCGUGUCCCGGGCCAUGGCAGGGGAUGGCUGCGGCUGCCUGAGCGCAGCGCAAGCAGAGCCGAGUGUCUCACUUCAGAUCGACCUGCGCCGCGAUUGGGCUUUGCUUUACGCAUUUCCUGACCCCAGUCUUGCUGCCGCCAUGUUAGAGACCCAGUUUGAGGCAGGCUUCGUGGACACCGAGCCCGCGCCCAGAAAGUUGGCUGAGCUGCUGGCAUCACAUGAGGGCCAGGUGCAUUUUCUCGCCAAGUUCCUGGCGCAGAGGGGGCAGAGUGCCGCGGAAGAGUUUAGGAACAGGCUGAACAAAGGGCAGCCUGUCCGGGCACGUGGCUACCAUUUCUCGGGGGAGGUGAUCAACGAGGCGCUGAGAGGCUGGGAGAAGCAGAACCUCCUCAAGAGGAGGAGCCCUGCAGUCCCCAGCAGCUGGCAGCACUGCGAGGUUUUCAGCAGGGCCCCCCCAACGCGUCCGGCAGAACAGUUUGUAGCACCUCCGGAGAGGCAAGCUGCAGCCCCUACAGCCCCUACAGCCCCGGCGGGCCUGCGGGGCUUCAUGGACUCGAGCCGCCGGAGGACCUUGGGUGGAGAGACCGAUGAGAACGACAAAGGAUACAACUCCUACUCGGUGGGCAGCAAGAAGUCCAGCGCCCUCCGUGGCAGGAUAGAGGGAGAUGAUGUGGAUGUGGACAUGGACUUUUCCUCUGCGAUAGAGGUGGACCUUGCCACAGGCCUCGGCACGGGAGUCCAACGCGACUCCUUCGGCUUCGGCUCGCACUCCGCGGCGGUGCGGCGCAGUGGGAAAGCAGCCAGCUUUCAGCACACAAACCACAGUGUGGCCAACAACCGCAUGCAGACUGUACAAGGCCUAGAGCAGAUGCCGUUUGACCACCAGAUUCGUGGCAUGCGGUGGAAGGGGGAUGGUGUGUGCUGCUUCAUCCUCGCGGGCUCUGGCGGCAUCGAUGCCUUUCGGGCCUCCCGGGUGCUGCCGCACCUCCUGCACCUGAGUACUUUGAGCUCAGGGCACUUGGGGCAGGCAGACCUUGGCGGCUUCCGCGCCUGCGUCCUCCUUUGUGACCUGAUGGAAUGGCCAGCCUCCGAGCAGGGUGCAGAGGACCUCUUGGCCGCGUGCAAAGAGCUCGCGUCCAACGGCUCAGCCGUGGCCGUGGUGGCCGUCUUUUUGUCUCCCAUCCCUGGAGGUCCAGACAGAGAUGCCGUGUCCACGCAGGCGCUGCAUAGUGCAGUUUUGGCCGCUGGCGCGGACUGCGUGCUCUUCUCCUGUCCCACCCACCCGGUGACGUUUCGGCACCUCCAGGCGGCCAUCCAGGGAACCGAGGCAUGGCAUGAGAGGAUCGCCGAGGCCAUCGAAAGCGCACAGGCAAAGCUUGCCAGAGCGCAAGAGCAGCGUUGGCAGAGGCAUUACCAGAUUGCUCUCCGCAAGAUUGUGUGGAAGGCGCCGCAGACGGUCUUCCCCCACAUCCCACAAGAAGAUGCGCAGAUAGAUGAGCGAGAGGAUGGAGUUGGAGACUACUCCUUUGUCCGGGUUAUAGGCUCCGGAGCCUUUGGAAGUGUCUUUCUGGGGCGCCACCCUAGGCUUGGAGACGUGGCAGUGAAAGCCAUCAAGAAGGCCUCAAUCAAGAAUGUCUUUGAUUUGGCCAAAGUUGAGCGUGAGCUCAGUAUCCUCAUGGGCGUGUUAGACCACCCAAAUGUGCUUCAAAUCCUCUCCUGCUUGCACAGUGCGAAUAACCUGUACAUUGUGAUGGAGUUCCUUGGGGAGUAUACGUUGCACACGUACCUGCAGCUGCGGCAAACUGGAUCGGCUCGAAAUGUUUUAAUGCUUCCUUUCCAAGAGGUGCAGAGUGUCUUCGGAGACAUCCUGAAGGCAAUCGCACAUUGCCAUGCGGCGCAUGUUUGUCACCGUGACCUGAAGUUCAAGAACAUGAUGAUCGACGCCAACAGCCGGGUCACCAUCGUGGACUUCGGCCUCGCCGUGCAGGUGGCGCCCGGCCAAGAGCUCCACGACUCCUGCGGGACGGUGCCCUUCGCAGCGCCCGAGGUGAUGAGGUGCAGCUCGACAAAAGGCUACGAUGGCACUUAUGCAGACACCUGGAGCAUCGCGGUGUGUCUUGUAGAGCUGCUGUGCGGCCUCGGCACCGUGGAGAGCAUUAUUGGGCUGACACCGGACGAUGAGAGCAACUUCGAGCACAUUGCCCAGCAAUGCUUGCUGCUUUGCACUGACUAUGUGCAUCAGUUGGUCCUGUCCUAUGCUGGCAAGGACGUGCAGGGUGUGCAUCGCAAUGAUUUGGUGAAGACAAUGCGCGGAGUGUUCCGAGAGAACCUGAAGAGCCGUAUGACGGUUCGGGACAUCGGGGCCCUGGAAGCCUUCUCAGCCAAGGCCGGCCCCUUGCCCAAAGUUCGGAAGCACCGUGGCGAGAAUGAUGACGACGAGCGCUCCUCUUGGACCAUGUCGCAAUAUUCGGCGGGGCCAAAGAGCGGAGGCGGCUCCAACCAAGACGCAGAGGAGACAUUGUCAGACUUGUCGGUUCAAGACUGGAUGGGUCCCGAAGUUGGCGACCUACGACCUGUGCAGCCCUUGCUGGAGCGCAUAGGUGGGUCUCAGACAGUGGUGAAGGUUGUCAGCACUGUCUAUGAUUGGCUGCUGCCGCGGCCAGAGUUUGGCCGCUUUUUCCUUGCAUGCCCGUUGAAGAUGGGACGCAUCCGUGCUGGCAUCAGCUCCUUCCUGACGGAGCUGCUGGAGGAUUCCGACAAGGCGGACCUGGAGAUGUUGUCCAACGUGCAUUGGAACCUCGGCGUCUCGGAUUUCCUCUUCACCGACUUCGCCGAUGCCUUGCUGGAGGCCUUCCGGACCUGGGGCUCCCGAGGUGACAGCGCCAUGGCAGAGAUCCAGGCUGCCCUGGAGAAGGUGCGGCUGCCGAUCACCGCAGGCCACCGGGCGCGGCUUGCGGCGGCACAAACCGACCGCUGUCCGCAGGAGAUAGUUUGGCUUGUGAGCAGCCUUGACUGCUCCGCGGAUGACUUUGCGCAUGGUCUUUCGGAUCUCCUCACACAGGAUGCACGCCUGGAGGCCUGCUUGAACGACGAAAAGCGGGGAGAGAACAUUAGUUCCGAAACGCUGGUCAAAUUCUCAAGGAGCUUCUGGCAGGGUACGAUUGACACUGCCAUGGAGGAGGUCUUCUUCGGCGAGUCGCCUCUGUUCCAGCAGGACAUUGGUGCAGUCACCCUCUUCUGUGAGAAUGUUCGGCAAGUGCUGAGUGAGACAGGCAUGGAUGACAACGAUGCCAAGGACGUCCAGGUGCUCAUGGAGCAUUCCGGGGAGCUGGUGUUGAACCGAGUCCGGAAUGCCAAGCUGGUGCAAGCUCCGAGCUGUGCACAUGACGUGCACUGGUUUAGAAAGGUGCUCAUGGACCUCUGCAAGGCCGACCCCUUCUUGCAGUUCUUUGCUGACAACCCGAAGAUGGAGAACUGCAUCUCCUCCAUCUUCAAGCUGAUCAUGAACGGUGGGGCGCCCCCUGCGGGCGUGAACUUCUCGAGCAAGUUGCGGGGCGCGCACCAGGACCUGUACCUCACAGAUGCUCGCUACAGCGCCUUUGUGGCCCACAUUGACAAGGUGCUGCGGGCGAUGUUUCCGUGGCCGGUGCACCCCGCCGCCGUGGCCAGCAGCAACAUCCGCUCCUUGGAAGGCUUCAGGACGGAGGUCCUCUGUGGCAGCACGCUGCGUAGUUCGCGGCUGCAGGCCGUGGAGGGCAUGCUGAACUCCAGCGCGGAUUCCAGCAAGCAGCGGGUGGCGCGCAACGCACGCCGCGGCCGCGUGAUGGCCGCCAUGCAGAGGUGCGCCACAAAGCUGUUCGAAGCCAUAGCAUCUGACAAUCGCGUGUCGGUGUUCUUCCGAAAUACGGACCCGGCAUGCAAGGAUCGCAAGGCCAGAUACUUGGGCUGUGCAAUGGGAGGCAACUUGCCAACAGUGCAAAGCUCUCCUUUGGUCAACAGCGCGAAAAGCCUAGACAGCACCACAGCCAACUCUGUUGGUUCCCCCCCGUCUUCCACUGCUUCCGCUGCGGUAAUUACCCCGGCCUCGAGCCUGAAGCAGCAGCACCUGCUUUUCCGCAUCACCGAUUACCACUUUGAUGUGUUUCUGGAUCACGUGCGGCGCGCGCUGGCGGGGGAGGACCCUGAGGCGGCCGACUUGGCCCCCGCCCAGCUGGAGGCCUUGCGGCCCAACGUGGUGCUGCAGAGUCGGACCAGCUGCCCUGCCACGGGCGCCGCCUCGGGGGCCAGGGGCUGCCCCUUCCGCCGGGUCGUGGACGGCGGCGCGCCGCUGCUGGAGAAGGUGGGCGGCACCGAGGAGAUCGAGAAGAUCUUGACGCACAUGGAAAGGGAGGCGGCGUCCUCGCCGGUUCUGGUGCCCUUCCUGAACGGCCACGAGAGCCUCCCGUGCCGCACCAAGAUCCUGGAGCUCUUGGCCGAUGCCGCGGCCGGCGACAACCUGCCACAGUUCCAGCCUGACAAACUUCAGGAGGCGCACAGCCAUUUGCGGCUGUUACCGGAGCAUUGCGAGAUGUGGCUGGGAUGCUUCAACCGCAGCAUGGUGGCCCACAUUUUGCCACCAGAGGUUGCUAGGAAGCUGCAGAACUGCUUUCAUACCCUCACCUCGGCUCUUCUAGAAAGAAUGCCCAGGAUGAAGUCCGACGAGGAGGAUGACUCGAAUCUUAUGCAUGAGGACAAGCCGACUCUAGAUUGGGGCAACCUGCAGGGCCUUAUAGAUGAGCUGGAGGGUGAGAGUGGGCUGAGCAAGCUCAUUGAGAGUUGGUACCAGCACAUCAGCGAAGAGCCGCUGAUCAGUGUUUUUUUCACAGGGACGCGGCCACAGGUCAUGAUGUUCCAGACGAAGUUUUGGAAAAAGGUGCUGCGGGAGGGCCUGCAUCCUGAUGGCCGGAGGCAGAUGCAGAUGAUCCACAUCCACCAGCACCUCCGCAUCACCCACACGCACUUCGAUUGCUUUGUGCGGUGCUUGCUGGCGGCUUGCGAGGCUUUGAGCUUGAGCCAGGGCUCUUCGAAUAACAUGAGGGCUGCGGUGGAGUGCUUUCGCCCGCACAUCGUCACAGAGAACUGA